AUGUCAUCCACUGGUUCAGACGAUAAAAAUAACACAGAUGAUUUAAAUACUAAAAUUAAACAAUUGAUUCAAGAUCAUAAAGUUAUUGUUUUUUCUAAAACUUAUUGUCCAUAUUGUACAAAAGCAAAAAAGGUUCUUGGUAAGUAUAAAAUAAAAGAUUAUAAAGUCAUCGAACUUGAUGAUAUGAGUGAUGGAGAUAAAUAUCAAGAUAUACUUGGUGAAAUGACAAAUGCAAGUACAGUUCCUCGUGUAUUCAUUAAUGGAGAAUGUAUUGGUGGUGGUGAUGAUACCGAAAGAUUAGAGAAAAAAGGUGAACUUGAAAAAAAAUUAAAACAAGCUGAUGCAUUAGAGAAUUAA